UCUUUUCCUUAUUAUCACUUCUUUACUCCGAUUUUGCGAAUUUGCUGCAACCGUACGCUUACGCAGCCUCAUGUGUGUUCUUCACCCUCGUCGUCUCUACCAAAACCCUAAUCCCUAAAUAAAUAAAUAAACCCUAAUUUUCCCGCCAAUGUAUCAAUCCAUAAAUCUCUCCGUUUCUUCUAAUUUCACUCACCGUCACCGACCUCUCCUCGAAUCACGAUUCCCUAUCUUCUCCACCACCACCGGGUUCCGGAAACCCGUCAAUCUAAAGCCUCCACGCGUCUCAUCGGGUCCCGAUUCCAACGAUUCACGUGACAAAGCCUUAACAGAGAAGCUUAUCACGCUUCUCAGAGCUGUCCCUGACUGGGCGGACGAGAUUAAAGAGCGUGGGAUGCAGCAGAAACGCUCACUCUACACGCACGAGAAAUGGGUCGAACACAGGAGCUCUCUCCGCCACGUGCGUCAUCUACUCUCGAGCUUCUCUUCACGCGUUAUACUCUCUCUGAUUCCUCCUGUUUUCUUCUUCACGAGCGUCGCGGUUGUGAUCGCUAGCUAUAACACCGCCGUGGCUUUGGAUUGGCUUCCUGGGAUUUUCCCGAUUCUUCGAUCGUCGUCGUUGCCGUAUCAGCUCACUGCUCCUGCUUUGGCUCUUCUUCUUGUGUUUCGUACGGAGGCUUCGUAUUCGAGGUAUGAAGAAGGAAGGAAAGCUUGGGUUGGGAUCAUUGCUGGAACUAAUGAUUUAGCUAGGCAAGUGAUUUGUUCCGUUGAUAGCUCCGGUGAUGAAUUGAUUAUCAAAGAUUUGCUUCUUCGUUACGUUGCUGCUUUCCCUGUGGCUCUUAAGUCCAUUGUGCAACUUGAAAAUCUGCUGCUAUGCUCCUUUGUGAUGAGUUAUGUCCCAAAAUCUUCAGCGACAUUCCUAAUGCAACCUCAGAUCUUACCCGAUGAGAAUCUAUAA